AGUCGCAGUCGAAAACGGUCCGCGAACGCGCGUACCAAUGUACCGCUGAUAACAAAAUUAGCUAAAUCGACUCGGCUACAUACGUAUCAAGCAUGAAACUAUUCUCGACCGUAUGGUUUCUGUUAGUCGUUAGUUGGUGCUCCGAAAGUACGCCCACGAGAAGGCUCGUCGAGCAGAAUGUCGUGUCUGACAAGAGUCUACAGGAUACCGAUUUGCUCUUAACGUUCGUGGUAUUUCGUCAUGGGGACCGUACACCGGAUCAAGAAGAACUGGCGUUGUUUCCGUCAUCUACACAGGGCAAUAAAGACUUGUUCUACCCUUACGGGUUGAAGGCAUUAACAAAUAUGGGUAAACGUCGAGCCUGUUCAGUCGGGAAAUAUCUCAGAAAGAACUAUGAUGGAUUCCUUUCGAGGUUAUACCUACCAGACGAGAUUGUUAUCCGCACUACGGAUUAUGAUCGCACUAAAAUGACAGCUUUAACUGCGAUGGCCGGAUUGUACCCACCAGAGCCGGAGCAACGAUGGAACCCCACAUUAAACUGGCAACCUGUCCCAUAUAACACUCCACCGCGCGAUGAAGAUGACUUAUUAUAUUACUACAACUGCCCUCGUUAUAUUGCACUAAGAGAUGAAACAGCUAGUUUGCCGGAAAUCCAAGAUUUAUUGGCGCCGUACAAAGACCUCUUUCAAUAUUUAGAACAGCACACGAAAACUAAUAUUACUACAUCGGAAGAUGUUUUUUAUUUAGACAAUCUAUUUCAAACACUGAGAAAUGUCGGCGUAGAAACGCCAAAAUGGGCACAGGAAGUGAUGCCGCAAAUAAAAGAAGUUACAAAAAUCGAAUAUGCCAUUCAGUAUUAUACUCCCGAAUUGAUAAGACUAUCAGCUGGGGUUUUGCUAAACGAAAUCUUAAAUGCGACCGCUUCAUAUUUGUCCGGUGAUACCGAGCAACAUAAAGCACGUUUGUAUUCGGCACACGAAAACAAUGUAGCGGCAAUAAUGGCAGCCGCUAAAGUUUUCAUACCUCAUCAGCCUAAUUACGGGUCUACGAUAGCCAUUGAAUUCCGAAGGAAUCGCACUUCCGGAAAAUAUGGUUUCGCGGCGGUGUAUGCAGGCGAUGCCGGCGGCCCGGGAAAGGUCCUCUCCGUAGACGGAUGCGGCGGAGAAGCGUUUUGUGAAUACGAAAAAUUCGUCAAUCUAGUCCAAUCUUAUAGAAUUACAUUAGAAGAUUUUGAAUACAUCUGUCCUAUAUUAACUUAAGCUUGAAUUGAAUUUCAAUUAAUUUGUUUGUUAGUUUGUGUUUCAUUGAUGCGAUUUAAAAUUGUUGUUUAAUAAAAUGGCUGUGAUUACGAAAGAAAGGUU